AUUCCUCCAUUCACUCCUUUCCGUCUUGUCUUUUUUUCCUUUUAAAUAUUAUUUCCAUAUUUCCAUAGUUGUUUGCAUAUAUUUUCUUUCUCCGAUUAUCAUCUCCUUAUUUUCAUUUUUAUUUUUAUUUUUUCAUAUACCAAAAGAGUGAAGUUUUCUCACGAGGAAAAAAAAAGCUAAAAAUGGGGUCGAAGUGGAUGUGGUUGAUAUUACACUUUGCAUCGGUUUUGGUGUUUGUUUGGGGAGAUAGAACAAUUUUGAAGGUGGAAGGGCCUAUGUUGUUGGAUAAUUCACAGAGAUAUGAAGGCAGUUUCAUUAGCAAAGCAGUGAACUUCUUAUGGCAACCAGGGGAAUCAGGUUAUCAACACGUUUGGCCAGACAUGGAAUUUGGGUGGCAAAUUAUCUUGGGUACCAUUGUUGGAUUCUUUGGAGCAGCAUUUGGAAGUGUAGGUGGUGUUGGUGGUGGUGGCAUAUUCGUUCCUAUGCUCAGCCUUAUUAUUGGCUUUGAUGCAAAAUCCUCCACAGCUAUCUCAAAAUGUAUGAUAAUGGGUGCAGCUUUGUCAACUGUUUACUAUAAUCUUAAUCUAAGGCACCCCACACUGGAUUUGCCCAUCAUCGACUAUGAUUUGGCACUGCUCAUUCAACCAAUGCUCAUGCUUGGCAUUAGCAUUGGAGUGGCCUUCAAUGUCGUAGUUGCUGACUGGAUGGUCACAAUGCUGCUUCUUGUUCUCUUUUUAGGAACAUCCACAAAAGCAUUCUUCAAGGGUGUUGAAACAUGGAAAAAGGAAACCAUAAUGAAAGAGGAAGAUGCUAGGAAACAAGCGACAAAUGGUGUUGGUUCUGAAGUAGAAUACACACCAAUUCCCAGUGGACCUGGCAGUGACAUUGCAAAGGACACCAGAAACGAGGAGGUGUCUAUGCUUGAAAAUGUGUACUGGAAGGAGUUUGGACUUCUUGUUUUUGUUUGGGUUUCAUUCCUUGGAAUACAGAUUGCCAUGAACCAGACAAGCAAAUGUUCAACAAUAUAUUGGGUACUGAACAUGUUGCAGAUUCCAAUUUCAGUUGGGGUAUCUGGAUAUGAGGCAGCUUCCUUGUAUAAAGGACGGAGACAAAUUUCUUCAGUGGGAGAUCAAGGGAAAACUUUUACUUCUCAGCAGCUAACUAUAUAUUGUAUCUUUGGUGUAUUGGCUGGAAUAGUUGGUGGCUUACUGGGAAUAGGUGGAGGAUUCGUAAUGGGGCCACUCUUUUUGGAGCUGGGAGUCCCACCUCAGGUUUCAAGUGCCACAGCCACCUUUGCCAUGACCUUUUCCUCAUCUAUGUCUGUUGUAGAAUACUACCUGCUCAAACGUUUUCCAGUUCCUUAUGCUCUGUACUUUAUUGCGGUUGCUGCUAUUUCAGCAAUUGUAGGGCAGCAUAUUGUGAGAAAGCUGAUCGAUGUGCUUGGGAGAGCAUCUCUAAUCAUCUUUGUUCUAGCCUUCACAAUACUUGUCAGCGCAGUCUCACUAGGUGGAGUUGGCAUUGUAGCAAUGGUCAAAAAGAUUGAAAAUCACGAGUAUAUGGGAUUUGAUGACCUCUGCACAUAUGAUUCAUAGCCCAUUUCACUAAAUUAUUUUAUGCUUUGUUUUGUCUCAAGUUCCCAAUAAAGGAGCCAAGAGAACCUAGGUCGCCAAAAUUGACUUAAGGUAUGCUUGGAUUCCCGUAAAAAACAGUGGACUUGAAAGCAAUGCAUACAUGCUUCUAUGUAUUUAUCUGGGUUUUUUGUGAGGAAAAAAAUGUUAGAUGUUGGACACUAUUUCAAACACUCACUUGUGCUCUGUGUGUGCCUGGGCUCUUGUUAAGAGGUAUGAUAUGUACAUUUAUAUUUUUGUUGCUGCUAAGACAUGUAUUGAUGACACUGUUGAAGAUUGAGAAACUGAAAUCAUGUUAUUUUAAUAUUCUUUA